CCCCCGCCACUCUCCUCCACGACCGAGGCCGGGUUUUGAUUUGGCGCAUACGUGCGAGCCCGCACCCAUGAAUCCCAGCUACAAUAUGCCGCCCUAUGGCGGCCACACCAUGCCCACGACGCCCUAUCCCCCGAUGUACGGCCAUCCGGCCGGGACAUCAACCAUGCCCUCGGCGCAGGUCCCCUAUGCGCCGGCCAUGCCCUCGGCGCAGCCCCCCUACGCUGCGGCGCCGCUCCCAGUGCAGCCGCCCUAUGCCCCGGCACAGCCUCCGGCCCAAUCCUCCUAUGCCCCGGUGCAGGCCUCCGCUCCGGACAACAAACUGAAGCCCGAGCAGGCGUCUCGACUGGUCCGCCUGUACAACUACGACAUCCUCAGUAAUCUUGAGCGCCUUCUCGCCCGCUUUCCCCACCUGGGUAUUCAGUUUAAGCCCAACCACCAAAACGAGGAGUGCUGCGUCAUCCAGGGCUAUAUUCUCUAUCGCUUCCGCGACCGCAAUUACCAGGCCCCGGUCUAUGUCUGGCUUCCGAAGGAUUUCCCCAAACAACGCCCCGCCUUCUAUGUUGUCAAAAACACCGAGCACUGGCGGGCGCCCGUGUCCUUCAACCCGGCGGCCAAGUUCAUCGAACGCCAGGGCAACCUUGUUAUCCCCCAUUUGCAAUCAUGGCAUGAGUCCUCACCGGAUCUGGCCAACCUGUUUGUGGCCUUCCAGAACCAGAUCAACCAAACGCCCCCUCUCUUCUCCACCGACUCGACCAUUGCGCCGCUGGAGUCGGAGCUCGGCUCGGCCGGGGGCUCGGCCAGUCCUCACACCACCGGGCAUGCCGGGAUCCCGCCAUACAUGCAGCCUCCCGCGCCGGCUCGCCAACAUUCGCCCCAGCAGCAGCCGGCCCAAUCGCAGCCGGGGUCCUACUCCCCGGGCCCCUCCUCGCCGGUGCAUAGCCCCUCGGGGGCUUUCAACAGCAGCAACUCGGCCCUGGCACCACUCACCUCAACGGCCGUUGAGGAAAGUGCCCUUGAUGACAUCACCCGAGCGUCGUUGGUCAGUGCCGCGGUGGACAGCCUCCUGCGUGGGAUUGUUGCCCGCGAGGAGCGGGCUUCCUUCCGCGAGAAACAUCUGAAGGCCGAAGAAAGCCAACUGAAGAAGAACGAGAAGGAGAUCUGUGCCGCGGUGGAGGUGUACAAGACCCAACUGGAUACCCUGCCCGUGAUCAUUGGUCAAUUGGAGAGCGAGCGCGUUGCAUUGGACCAGCAGAUUGCCCCCCUGGAAACCGCUCCUCCCUUGAGCGUGGCCGACAUCCAACCUCGCUCUGAACUGGAGCAGCAGUUCCUAGACCUGGUCUCGGAUCAGUGUGCGCUUGAAGACUCGAUGCUUGUGCUGCGCGAUCAGCUGGGGAAGGGCCGUAUCGACCUCAAGACGUACAUCAAGUGUGUCCGUACACUGGCGCGGGAGCAGUUCCUCAACCACGUCCUUCUGCGGCAGGUCCACCAGCAAAUGGCACGGUAAGGCCAAUGCCCUUGCUUCCCUUCUCCAUCGCCCAUGCAGGGGGUGUCUCUUCGUCGCUUGGGCGAAGUGCCAUCCUGUUGGCGGUUGAAAAUAGAACAAAAGUACCAUG